CAUAGCAAGGAAGAGGCCCCUGCACUAUGAUAGAGUUCUUUCUGCACUGCUUGAUUUUAAUCCAAAUUUUGAGACAAUGAGGAGGUGUCAUACUGCCAGCAUUCAGUUUUCCUUGAGAACUGCAUUUUUGGGAUUCCUAAGGUGUACUUAUCCAGCUGUUGUUGAGUCAAGAGAUAGAUUGCUCAGAGCUCUACGAGCAAUGAAUGCUGGUGAUGCAGCUGAGCAAGUCAUUAGACAGGUGGAUAAAAUGAUAAAGAAUAGUGAGCGUGCAUCACGUGACACUCGGCUGAGUCGGGAGGAUCAACCAUCCAUGCAAGUGUCUAUUUUGGGGGACCUCUCAAAGAAAAGAUCCAUGUCUUUGGAUAAUGAAGAGCCAAACAAUAGUCCUGAGUUGGUCUCUAAACGUCCUCACUAUGCUCCUAAUUCUCACUUAGCUUUAUCUGUCCAAAUAAAUGCCGGACAUGAUUCUGGUUCCAUAAAUGGACACUCUCCCAAUCUUCCUCAUUUGGAUAGUGUUUUGACGCCUGUUGAACAAAUGAUUGCUAUGAUUGGUGCUUUGCUUGCGGAAGGAGAAAGGGGUGCCGAAUCGCUUGAAAUUCUUAUCUCAAAGAUCCAACCUGAUCUGCUGGCUGAUAUUGUCAUAACUAACAUGAGGCAUUUGCCUAUGACCCCUCCACCAUUAGCAAGGAUUGGGAACUUGCCUGUAACUCAAGAGGCUAGUUCUCUAAGUAGUUCUGCAGAAGUUGUAAUGCCGGCUGCUACAACAAAUUCCAUGCAGUCUUCAGUUUCCACAGCACCGUUGCCAAUGCCUUCACUAGUUACAACCAGUUCAUCAUUAUCUGAUAUUGCUACAAUCACAGCUGAUUCUAAACGUGAUCCAAGAAGGGAUCCUCGCCGCCAGGAUCCCCGGCGGGCAGCCACAACUGUUGGAGUACCAUCUGUGCCUGUUGUGGAGGAUGGUAGUACUAAGCAAUCUGAGGUUGAUGGUUUUCUUUCUAGUAAACCUCCUUUUUUUACUGCUGUUGAAAAUCCUCCCCUUCUGAUGCCCAAUGUGAAAAGCAAUGACAACAUUUUAGAAGGUCCAUCAGUUUCUGGAAUAGAUCAACCUGCUCCCAAAGAGGAAACUUUGGGAGGUAUUGAAGAAAUUGUCCGUAUUGCAGAGGUCAAUGCUUGUGAUCAUUCAACUUCCCUAAGUGCUACAGUUGAUGAGGAUUCUGCUCCUAUGAAGUUUUCAGAUAUAGAAGCAACAUAUGAGAUUGAUGCAUCACUUGUCCCAGAGUCUGAUCCUAAUUCUCCUGUUAUUACCAAUGCAUCUGCAUCUGAUGAGAUCUGUCAGGAUUUACCUACGCUACCAUUAUAUGUUGAGCUGGCUGAAGAGCAGCAAAGAAGUCUAAAAAAAUUGGCAAUUGAACAGAUAAUUGAAUCGUAUGUGCAACUUAAUAGCUCAGAUUGCAGCCAAACACGCAUGGCAUUACUUGCUCGAUUGGUUGCUCAGAUCAAUGCUGACGAUGACAUUGUUGUCAUGCUGGGGAGGCAUGUUGUUACAGAUUAUCAACAGAAUAAGGGUCACGAGCUUGUAUUGCAUGUCCUGUACCACCUGUAUUCUCUAAUGGACUCGAGUUCAGUUGAAAACUCUUCAUGUUCUGCUGUUCUUUAUGAAAAAUUCCUCUUAGUGGUGGUCAAUUCUUUGCUGGAUACUUUUCCUGCCACGGAUAAGUCUUUUAGUAGACUUUUUGGUGAAGUUCCAUUAUUGCCUGCCUCUGCCUUGAAAUUGUUAGAAGAUCUCUGCUAUUCUGAUGUGAUUGACUCUAAUGGAAAAGAGGUUCGUGAUGUUGAGCGUGUAACUCAGGGCCUUGGAGCUGUGUGGAGUUUGAUUUUGGGACGUCCAAGUAACCGGCAGGCCUGCUUAGGCAUAGCUUUGAAGUGUGCUGUUCAUUCACAAGAUGACAUUCGAGGAAAAGCCAUUCGACUGGUGGCUAACAAACUUUAUCAGCUAAGCUACAUAUCAGAAAACAUUGAGCAGUUUGCAAGAAAUAUGUUGUUGUCAGCUGUUGAUCAGCAUGCCUCACAAGCACAGGUUUCACAGUCUAGGUCAACUACCCAAAGCGCUGAAGGGGAGGAUGGCUUCCAACUUUCAGAGUCUGGAACUUCUGACAUAGACGAAAGGAGUAUAGAAUCCGUAACUCAUAGUGAUUCAACCAUGUUAUUACCUGAAGCUCAAAGACUUGUUUCUUUGUUCUUUGCUUUGUGUACAAAGAAACCUAAUCUUCUCCAACUUGCAUUUGAUGUUUAUGGGAGGGCUCCAAAAAUUGUAAAGCAGGCUUUUCAUCGACACAUCCCUAUUGUAAUUAGAGCCCUGGGUUCAUCUUAUUUGGAAUUGCUCCAUAUAAUAUCUGACCCACCACAAGGAAGUGAAAAUCUAUUGACACUGGUGCUGCAAGUAUUGACUCAAGAGACAACACCUUCUCCUGCCCUGAUAGCCGCUGUUAAGCAUUUAUAUGAAACUAAGCUAAAGGAUGUUACAAUCUUAAUUCCAAUGCUAUCUUCUCUUUCCAAGAGUGAGGUUUUACCUAUUUUUCCUCGGUUUGUGGACCUUCCUUUAGAUAAAUUCCAGUUGGCACUUGCUCACAUCUUACAGGGUUCGGCUCAUACAGGUCCAGCUUUGACACCAGCAGAAGUGUUAGUUGCCAUUCAUGACAUCAGUCCUGAGAAAGAUGGCCUUCCACUGAAAAAGAUAACAGAUGUUUGCUCGGCUUGUUUUGAGCAACGCACUGUUUUCACGCAGCAGGUCUUGGCAAAGGCCUUGAAUCAGAUGGUUGAUCAGAUUCCUCUGCCUUUGCUUUUCAUGAGAACGGUGAUUCAAGCAAUUGAUGCAUUUCCAACCCUGGUUGAUUUUGUCAUGGAGUUACUAUCCAAACUUGUGAGUAAACAGGUAUGGAGAAUGCCGAAGUUGUGGGUGGGAUUCCUCAAAUGUGUAGCUCAGACACAGCCACAUUCUUUUCCUGUAUUAUUAAAGUUGCCGGCUCCACAACUUGAGAGUGCUCUAAACAAAUAUCUUAAUCUCAGAGGUCCCUUAGCAGCAUAUGCAAACCAAGCGAGUACAAGAGCUUCCCUACCUAGAUCAACACUAGUGGUUCUUGGUCUUGCAAAUGAAUGACAUGCAAUGACCACCCAUGUCGACCAUACACCCAUCAGACAACAGUUCUUCAAUUUAGGGAACUACUCUGACGUGAAAAUCAAAGCUUCACAAAUUAGGAAUGGACAAACUGUGCAUACCCAAUCAAGAGGUCUGUGCCAUUCAAGAAUUGGGGUCAUUUGAGAACAACGGAAUUCGCUAUCAUAGCCAUUGCUUGCCUCAGUAACUCGGGAGACUACAAGCUUAACUAAUCGCAUUCUUACCAAGAGAUCACCAUUCAAGAUUAAUCUGACCCCUCUCAUUCCCAGUUUUUUUUUUUGGGAUUGUAUCAUAGGUGUAAUUUGGUCCUAUUUCUACUAUUUGUCAUGUAUAUUUCUUGGAAAAUUUUCCAAACCUCUAAAUCUUUGAUGCGUUUGAUCGAUGUGUUGUGAUAGGUUGGGUCACCAUUCAAAAAGCAAAUACCGAAUGUUCCCUUGUUUUGGCUUAGGGAACCAUGUACUUUCCUUGAGGAUUGAGUGGUUAAAGCAAUGGCCAUACGGUUCUGAGAGUGGAAUGAUCUGGCUAACACUCUACUUGUCCUAAAAUAAUAUAUUUUUUGCUUAAUU